CAUGUCUUCCAAAUUUCCAAUUAGCAUAUAAGGUUGAGAUCGUAUGCUUACAGGAGCAACAUAAUCUAGAGGAAAUAGCAAGAAGACUUGCUAAUCUGCUAUCAUGGCAACUCCCAUUUCUAGCUCCUCCUCCUCCCUUAGAUUUUCCAUUGGUUUAUCAGCAUUUCUAUGCCUAAUUCUCUGUUCUUUGGCAGUAAGAGAUACAAAAACCAACCUCCUUUCACGUACUUACACAGUUGAAGUCAUCUCUCUUCUACCAGCAAACACCUGCAGACCCUCCACCAAUGGUCAUGACGCAUCCGUACUGAAGGUGGUCCACAAAUACGGCCCAUGCAACCAAGUCCACCAAGUCAAAUCAAACACUAACCCUUCCGAUCAAGAUGAAUAUCACAUACAAAUCCUCAAGCAAGACGAAGCCCGAGUCAACUCAAUCCACUCCCAUUUCAGCGACUCAAACCGUAAUUACAGAAUCCCCGACCCACUUGCACAAUCAGACGCCACCGUGAUUCCCGCCCAGUCUGCCAGCGUACUUGGUUCCGGAAACUACAUCGUCAGUGUCGGCUUGGGCUCGCCCCAGAAGCAACUCUCGCUUGUAUUCGACACCGGCAGCAGUCUCACUUGGACACAGUGCCGACCAUGUUCUGUAUCUUGUUACAAACAGAAAGAUCCCAUCUUCGACCCUUCUCUCUCUACCUCUUACUCCAACAUCUCCUGCAACUCCCCCGCGUGUUCUCAACUUGCAGCCUCCGGUGUCGCUAGCGGUUGUUCCGCCUCCACCUGUGUAUACGGCCAACAGUAUGGAGACCGCUCCUUCACAAUCGGCUUCUUUGCCAGCGAGAAGUUAACUUUGACUUCAACAGAUGUUUUUACUGGUUUCGUCUUCGGCUGCGGCCAGAAUAACCAAGGCUUAUUUAGGGGCAUCGCCGGUUUGCUCGGUCUCGGUCGAAGCAAGAUCUCCCUUGUUGAACAAACCGCUCAGAAGUACAAGAGAUUCUUCUCCUACUGCCUCCCUUCCACUUCAAGCUCCACUGGUUACCUCAGUUUAGGUAACUCCGACAACAGAAGUUCAGGUAACGCCGUCAAGUUCACGCCGCUCACCACAUUAUCUCAAGGCGCGUCGUAUUACAGCCUCGGACUGGUCGGCAUCAACAUCGGUGGGAGUCAACUGCCAAUUUCGGCUUCAGUAUUUUCGAUUUCGGGGACAAUCAUCGACUCGGGGACGGUCAUCACUCGCCUCCCAGCCACAGCGUACACAGCGCUGCGGGACGCAUUUCGAGAAGUGAUGAAGAGAUACCCAACUGCUAAGUCGAUUUCUUCCCUGCUGGACACGUGUUACGACUUCAGUGGAUUCAAAACGAUAACCUUUCCAACGAUAGGGUUUGUGUUUGGCAAUGGGGUUACGGUAGACGUGGACGCAACAGGAAUAUUAUUCCAGCAGAGUGCUUCGCAGUUUUGCUUGGCGUUUGCCGGAAACAAAGAUGAUAGUAGUGUUGGGAUUAUUGGGAACGUUCAACAGAAGAGGUUGCAGGUAGUGUAUGACGUUGCUGGUGGAAAGGUUGGAUUUGCACCUGCUGGUUGCCAAUGAUUUAUUGUUGAAGUUGUUGGGAUUUCCUAGUUGAUAGGGUUCCUUGUUUUUAGGGUUUUAUUUCAGGUCGUGCUAAUAACCCUCCUAUACUUGAGGGACAAGUUUGUUUUCUGUUUUGAUUUAGUCACUUACCACGAUUCUAGGUCCGGUAAAAUCGUGGGCUUCCCAUUUUAAUACCAAUUAUGUGACAUAUAAUACGUAUAGCGUAUGGCAUGAGGUUGAAAGUGAUUACUAGUAUGAUGUUUAGAGUAUGAGUCGUUGCCCAAAUAUUAUGAUUUUGUAAUCGAGGUGAUGACUUAAUUAGUAUUGACUUGUAAAAGGGACAUCUAAAUGUGCAACCAGGAAAUAAGCGUACGUGCUACGUAGUUUCUAGCUUGGAAAACUUGAUCAACGAUAUUUGACAGGAA